AUGCGGAAAGAAUCCCAACCAGUUAAAGGCCAUGGCCAUGGUGAAACGGCCUCCAGUGAGACGUGUGAUGGUGACACGGUGAUUGGAUCUCCAAAAGCGUCUCUCAACGAGGUUGGCAGUUGCAUUACCUUUGAGUUUCUGGAUGAUGCUGAAAUGAUUGACCCUGAUGGACAGGACAGUGGCAGUCAGGGCAGCGAACAGGGCUGCUACGGAAUAUACGGAAUGGGGGAGCGCACGGCCUUAUCUGGCAGCUGCCGGAUGUCCUUCGCCGAGACCUCCGCGCAGUCCAUGAGCUUGACCUUCCGGGCAGAGCCGGAAGCCAGUCAAAGCAAGGAAGGCCACAUGGAGCUCUUCGUGGGUUCCUUGGGGCAAGGCCAGCCCUGCUUCUGGCAGCGCGGUGAGACACGCAGAGCCGAUGACAGGAGCCAGGGCGACCAGGCAGAUGGACCUGUACCGCCUUUGGUGUUGGUCUUGACCAUGGGCAUGUUCUUCGGCAGCGGUCCGACUCCUUCGCCCACGUCCAUUCCACCGGGCCUUCCAUCUCUGGAGGCUGAGCGACGACUGACGCCGCCCGCGGCGACGCAGACGCACACGCGGCGGUUGGGAGCAGACAUGGUCUUUAGAUGGUCCUUGUAA